AUGGCAUACAAAUUUUAUGCGAGAACGAGCAUAAUCGUUUUAACAUUAAUUUUCUGCGAAAUAAGCGGUUUGCCUUACAACCACGAAAACAUCCAUGACGGGUAUUUUAAUGUCGAAGAAACCCACGGACACGGAGACUUCCAAGGACCUGUAGGUAAGUUGAUUCACUCGAUUAUCCAUCCGAUUUUGCAUGCAAUGAAAAAUUCAGGUUUCAAUCGACACCACGGUAGGGGCCUGUGGGGGCACGGCUUGCCCUUUCUAACCCACCGACAUCCCAGUUUGGAGCACCAUCACCAUCACUUCGACCCCUUCAAGCAUUCCCCCGAAUGGCAUCGGAACCACCCGGAAUUCGGGCACCACCAUUGCGAUCACCAUCACGACACCUGGAACCACCAUAACCCUCAAGAUGUAACACCCCAUAACAAUAAUGAUGUUAAACCGGUUUCUGAGGUUAGUUUGGAUACAACAACAUCGACUCAGUACCCACCGAUCGAUGUUAGAUCGGGUGAAUGA